CCAAUGAAAGCGCUCGGGAAGGAGGAGGCGGAGGCUGGAAUUUCAGGGAUGCUUGUUAUGGCUGUCAAACCACUAGCGAUGAGAAAAACAUAUUUUUCCAUGUAAAAUUCACCCGACUCCAAUGAAAAAUGGACACAACGGUUGUUCCUGUAUGGAUUUAUAUGGUGGUCACCAUCCUGUCGACGUUGCACGCUGACCGGAACGUCUACCCGUCUGCAGGUGUGCUGUUUGUCCACGUCCUGGAGAGAGAGCACUUCAAAGGAGAGUUUCCCCCCUAUCCCAAACCUGGGGAUUCCAGCAACGACCCCAUCACUUUCAACACCAACCUGAUGGGCUACCCAGACCGGCCAGGCUGGCUGCGUUACAUCCAGAGAACCUCCCACAGCGAUGGGGUGCUCUACGGAUCCCCCACUGCCGAACACGUGGGCAAGGCCACCAUCAUAGAGAUUAUUGCCUAUAACAGACGCACUUUCGAAACGGCCCGGCACAACUUGGUCAUAAACAUCAUGUCCACAGAAGAGUACCCACUGCCGUACCAGGCAGAGUUCUACAUAAAGAACAUGAAUGUGGAGGAGAUGUUGGCAAGCGAGGUUCUGGGAGACUUCCUAGGGGCAGUGAAGAACGUGUGGCAGCCCGAACGCCUCAACGCCGUCAACAUCACCUCAGCCCUGGACAGGGGCGGACGUGUUCCCCUGCCCAUAAACAACCUCAAAGAGGGUGUGUAUGUGAUGGUGGGAGCUGACGUGCAGUUCUCUUCCUGCCUGAGGGAGGUGGAGAACUUCCAGAACCAGCUCCGCUGCAGCCAGGAGAUGGAGCCUGUCAUCAGCUGUGACAAGAAGUUCAGAGCCCAGUUCGACAUCGACUGGUGUAAGAUCAAUCUGGUGGACAUCACCAAGAUGAUCAUGAUCCACAGUAACCGUCCGGACCCAGGGACGGGGGUCCUGCCUGACAUCGGGGGGUACAACCCCCCGCCAGAGUCUCUGAAGAGCAGGGACUUCUUUGCCGACUUCCUCAUCACGUUGGCGGUGCCCUCGGCCGUGGCCAUGGUCCUCUUCAGCGUCCUGGGUUACUCCAUGUGCUGCCGGCGGGAAGGGGUGGAUAAAAGAAACAUGCAAACACCAGAUAUCCAGUUAGUGCAUCACAGCUCCAUCCAGAAGUCGACCAAGGAGCUGCGGAGCAUGUCUAAGAACAGGGAGAUCUCCUGGCCCCUCUCCACCCUGCCUGUCUUCAGCCAAAGUGGGGAGGUGGUGCCCCCCAUACACCCAGACAACUACGAGACAACAAGCAUGCCCCUGAUGCAGACACAGACAAACCUGCAGAACCAGAUUCAGAUACCACAGCAACAGCCAUCAGGAGAUAGAGAGAAUUAUUGUAUGUCGACAUUUCGGAGACUGGAGGUAAAUGGUAUUCCUGAGGAGAGGAAAGUGGCUGAAGCAGUGAAUUUGUGACGAGAGAAAAGCCCCAGAGUGCUGGAGCUGCUGUCUGUCUGUCUCUAUCCUUUUUAGCCAAGUGUUUUUCUAUGUCAAAGUCCCAAAUAGCACACUAUUUCCUAUAUAGUGCACACUUCUGACCAGGGCCCAUAGAGUAGUGCACUAUGUAGGGAAUAGAAUGCCAUUUGGAACAAACACUACAUCUGUGCCAAUCUGCAUGCCCAAGCAGUGCUUUGAUACUCGACGCUAUUGUCUUUCCGUGUGCACUUAUAUAUGUGAGCGAGUGUUGCAGAGUACAGUAGACUCCUGAUAAGUGCACGUAGUAUUGGUUAAAAAGAUGACCAAUUGAUUGGGCCUGAAAAAACAAUUACACUUCAGAUCUUGCACUAUAUGCUCUUUGGGGCAGCAGGUAGCCUAUCAGUUAGAGAGUUGGGACCAGUAACCAAAAGGUUGCUGGGUCAAAUACCUGAGCUGUCAAGGUGAAAAAUCUGUUGAUGUGCCCGUGAAUAAGGCACUUGACCCUACUUUACGAUACAUAUUUUUGUGCACACUUUCACCACAAUGCCAAGCAGUUGCAUUUAUCAGUAGUCAACUAUACAUGUUGAUGAGUUUAUGAAUGUGUGUAUUCAAGCUUAAUAAUAAAUAUUAAAAUGCUAUGUUUAUAGGAUUUUAUUUAAAUAUUGUUCUAGAAAUGAUAUGCCAUUAACGAUAUAUCUGUAUUUUUACUGGCCUUGCACUCUUUAGAUGAAGAGACAGAGAUGCUUUUAUGUUUAAUGUCUGACCAUGUAUGUGUAACUGUUCAUUUUCUGUCACAUAACAGUAAAAAUACAUUUUAUUUAAAUUUGCUGUUUGCUGUCAAUUGUAGAACCAGGCCUGUGGCAGGCCAGGAGGACCCACUCUCUCUUCAUCUUUCUCCAGCUUGUUGUAUGAAUUAGGUACUUCCUUAAUCCUCUUAGUCCCGGGUCGGACAUAAGGCACUGGAGCCUGUCUUUGGCCACAGCUUGCGUCCUGUUCUAUGAGAGACCCGUCUCUUCCAGCUCAGCCACCACUGUCCCGCUCUAAGAGAGACCCAUCUCUUCCAGCUCAGCCACCACUGUCCCGCUCUAAGAGAGACCCGUCUCUUCCAGCUCAGCCACCACUGUCCCGCUCUAAGAGAGACCCAUCUCUUCCAGCUCAGCCACCACUGUCCCGCUCUAAGAGAGACCCGUCUCUUCCAGCUCAGCCACCACUGUCCCGCUCUAAGAGAGACCCGUCUCUUCCAGCUCAGCCACCACUGUCCCGCUCUAAGAGAGACCCGUCUCUUCCAGCUCAGCCACCACUGUCCCGCUCUAAGAGAGACCCAUCUCUUCCAGCUCAGCCACCACUGUCCCGCUCUAAGAGAGACCCAUCUCUUCCAGCUCAGCCACCACUGUCCCGCUCUAAGAGAGACCCAUCUCUUCCAGCUCAGCCACCACUGUCCCGCUCUAAGAGAGACCCAUCUCUUCCAGCUCAGCCACCACUGUCCCGCUCUAAGAGAGACCCGUCUCUUCCAGCUCAGCCACCACUGUCCCGCUCUAAGAGAGACCCAUCUCUUCCAGCUCAGCCACCACUGUCCCGCUCUAAGAGAGACCCGUCUCUUCCAGCUCAGCCACCACUGUCCCGCUCUAAGAGAGACCCGUCUCUUCCAGCUCAGCCACCACUGUCCCGCUCUAAGAGAGACCCAUCUCUUCCAGCUCAGCCACCACUGUCCCGCUCUAAGAGAGACCCAUCUCUUCCAGCUCAGCCACCACUGUCCCGCUCUAAGAGAGACCCAUCUCUUCCAGCUCAGCCACCACUGUCCCGCUCUAAGAGAGACCCAUCUCUUCCAGCUCAGCCACCACUGUCCCGCUCUAAGAGAGACCCGUCUCUUCCAGCUCAGCCACCACUGUCCCGCUCUAAGAGAGAGACCCAUCUCUUCCAGCUCAGCCACCACUGUCCCGCUCUAAGAGAGACCCAUCUCUUCCAGCUCAGCCACCACUGUCCCGCUCUAAGAGAGACCCAUCUCUUCCAGCUCAGCCACCACUGUCCCGCUCUAAGAGAGACCCGUCUCUUCCAGCUCAGCCACCACUGUCCCGCUCUAAGAGAGAGACCCAUCUCUUCCAGCUCAGCCACCACUGUCCCGCUCUAAGAGAGACCCAUCUCUUCCAGCUCAGCCACCACUGUCCCCCUCUAAGAGAGACCCAUCUCUUAAAGUUCAGCCACCGCUGCCAUCGCGUUUUUAGUCUGCCUCGCUUCCACUUUCUUGCUGGUGUCCACCUGAGGGCAAUUUUAGUAGUGUUAACAUAAAGACCAAAAACGAAACAUUCGGGGCCGGCUUCCCGGACACAGAUUAAGCCUAGUGAUUAACCUCACGGUGUUGACAAGGAAGGGACAAAGAAGUCCGACAAUAUUUUUAUGAAGGUAUGUAUUAUUGACAAUGUACAACAGAAUAAAGGCAUUUAUAAAUAAAA